AUGCCCAAACUUUUGGGUGGGGGAAAAUGCUUUUCUCACCAACCAGUCAUAGAGAAAACAAAUCUCCCUCCAAUCGCUGUCUUCUGAGGGCGGGGCCCUCGUUGGCCCGCCUCUGCGGGAGGUGGUGGUGACGUCCUCGUUUUUAAUCCAAUUAUUAUGGGAAGCCUUCAGAUAGAUCACUAUUUUGGCGAAUCAGAUUGAGGGUCCGCGGCUCGGGGCCGGGACCAGAAAGAUAGAUCAAAUGACCUACCUGCCCCGCGGUCCAAUCAGAGGCUGCGGGGUAAAUGGGGGCUUCUCGGAGGACGGUCGAUGACCAAUGGGUGGAAGGCUACGGAGACACGGUCCAAUGAGGAUUUAGAUCGGCAGGAGGGGCAGGGAGACCAGAGCUCACCGUUCGGGAAAGGGGGCAAGUGUCACUCAGGCCGGGAGAGCCUUAGGGGGUGGUUGCGACGGCGGCAGCGGCGGCGGCGGGCAGCUUGGUCGGAGCCUCCGCCGCCUGCGGUGCUGUCCUAACAAGAUGGAGUUUCUCCUGGGGAACCCGUUCAGCACCCCGGUGGGACAGUGCCUCGAAAAGGCUACAGAUGGAUCCCUACAGAGUGAGGACUGGACAUUGAAUAUGGAGAUCUGUGAUAUCAUCAAUGAGACAGAAGAAGGUCCCAAGGAUGCCAUACGGGCCCUGAAGAAGAGGCUCAAUGGAAACAGAAACUACAGAGAAGUGAUGUUGGCAUUAACAGUGCUGGAGACUUGUGUCAAGAACUGUGGCCAUCGAUUUCACAUCCUUGUGGCAAACCGUGAUUUCAUAGAUGGUGUCCUUGUGAAAAUCAUCUCCCCUAAGAACAAUCCUCCUACUAUCGUCCAGGACAAAGUACUGGCUUUGAUUCAGGCUUGGGCUGAUGCGUUUCGGAGUAGUCCUGAUCUCACUGGAGUGGUGCAUAUUUAUGAAGAACUGAAAAGAAAAGGGAUUGAAUUUCCCAUGGCAGACUUAGACGCCCUGUCUCCAAUACACACGCCACAGCGGAGCAUCCCUGAAGUGGAUCCAGCAGCGACUAUGCAUAGGUCUCAAUCGCAGCAAAGAAUGAGCUCCACAUCAUCUUCUGCACCUUCUCCUACGCCAUACACAGCUCCUCAAGCCCCAUCUUUGAAUGUGACUGGGCCAAUCACCGCCAACUCAGAACAGAUUGCCAGGCUGCGGAGUGAACUUGAUGUUGUCCGAGGAAACACAAAAGUCAUGUCUGAGAUGUUAACAGAGAUGGUUCCUGGGCAAGAAGACUCCUCCGACCUUGAGCUGCUACAGGAACUGAACCGGACCUGUAGAGCUAUGCAGCAGAGAAUCGUGGAACUCAUCUCCAGGGUUUCUAAUGAAGAGGUCACCGAGGAAUUGCUGCAUGUGAACGAUGACUUAAAUAACGUCUUCCUCAGAUAUGAGAGGUUCGAACGGUACAGGUCAGGGCGUUCUGCUCAAAAUACCAGUAACGGAGUCCUGAAUGAAGUAACUGAAGAUAAUUUAAUAGAUCUUGGUCCUGGCUCUCCAGCUGUAGUGAGUCCAAUGGUGGGUAACACAGCCCCACCGUCUUCUCUAUCCUCACAACUGGCAGGCCUGGACUUGGGGACAGAUAGUGUCAGUGGAACCCUCAGCUCUCUCCAGCACUGUAACCCCCAAGAUGACUUUGAUAUGUUUGCCCAGACGAGAGGAAACUCCUUGGCUGAACAGCGUAAGACAGUCACUUAUGAGGAUCCACAAGCGGUGGGAGGACUGGCCUCUGCAUUAGAUGUUCGAAAACAGAGCGCUGGAGUGAUCCCUGUUGCGCAGUCCUCUGUCAUGGAUGACAUUGAGGUGUGGCUCAGUACGGACCUGAAAGGUGAUGAGCCUGAGGAAGGAGUCACAAGUGAAGAAUUUGACAAAUUUCUCGAAGAAAGAGCCAAAGCUGCUGAAAUGGUCCCUAAUCUACCAUCCCCGCCUGUGGAGGCACCAACAUUACCCAUAAACACAUCUGGAAGAAAAAAACCCGAGCGUUCUGAAGACGCCCUCUUCGCCCUGUGAUGCAUUUUCUUGGUCUCCUUUGUGCUGUGCAGAAGAACGCUACUGUCUGGUCACCCCAUACUCUACUCCAUUGUGGAGAACACUGGCUCCUCAUCACCCCUCCUGUAUCUAUCACCCUUACCCACUCCCUAGUCAGUCAUUCCGCUCUCACUCACUAAAAAGGAAACUUCACCUGUCUCUCAUUUGAAGCCCUCUUUUAUUUCCUCUAUGUCUCCCACCCUUCAAUACUAGCUUUAACCACCUUUUCCUUUCUCGGCUGUGUGAAAUUGGCUGCUGCUACUGAAACUCACCUCUCCCUUUCCCUGCUCCCACCCACCUUACCCACCUGGUCCAUCCCCCCAAAAAAUGUACUUGCAUGAGCUCACUUUUCUCAUGUUGGAAACCAGGUAUGGCAGGAAGCGCCGCCCAGCCUUGAGAUGACUCGUCAAGGUGGUUUCCUUUUUCCCUUGCCUUGUAGCCAAAUAUUUAGCAGGAGACAAUGGAGGAUCAUUGGGCCCAAAUGGAUUCAAGUAGAGGAGCAUCUUGCUCUUGGUGUUCCCGAUUAUAGGUCCAGGCCUAUACUCCUGCUCUAGAAUUCCGCCUUCCACCUCUUUUACUUCUCUGUAUACCAGGUUCUGGAAUGGAGAGUCUAGCUGGGGUGUUCAGGAGGUAUGUCAAGUCUUAUGAGGUUUUCCAUUCUUUGGUCUGUUCCUUUCACUGUGAGUUUUCCCAGGUUGGCUUCAGGAGACUAGAUGGUGGUCUGAUGACUUCCCUCCUUUGGCUGCUCAUCAGCACGCGUUAACUCAAUGUGGUUAAGGGGUAUUUGGGGUUUCUAGCACUUUAAAAAGUUUUGCAUUAUUUCUCAAUGUUCCAGCAAACUUUUCCUGUCAGUCUGUUGUGUUGUAGGUCCUUUUGGGCUUCUCUUUCCAUGUAUUCACAUAGAAGGCCCUUUGCUGUAAGCCCAUGCCAGUUGUUCCUUAGUAGAUUCGGCUUUACCUACUUAGCUAGACAGGGCUUGAAAUCUUUGGCAAAGGGUGGCAUUGCCAUCCUGAAGAAAUUAGGCAUUGCAGAGGGUACACCCUUUAGUGGAAUGCAGUUUCUGUGUGACUUCCAGUAAAUCUAGUUAAUGGAAGAAAAGUUAAAGGGAAAGAAGGAGACCAGGAGUUGAGUGCAUCAGUGAAAAUCGGUAUUAAAUCGUCCAGACAUUGGUCACGCAGCAGUUUGACUCUCUCAUGUAGGAUUAACACUAAUGUUAAAUGACCUCACAGGAAGGAGAAGUUGAGGAUAUCACUCUUUGGCCCUCCCACCUCCUUGGCUCUUAUGCUUUAAAAGGAUUUUGCACUAGGAACACUUGCUCCCUGAGCCCUGGAGAAAGUAUUUGAUGUUUGUUACUGUAUUGCACGUGCAACUCUGGAAUAGUUACACUCUGCUGCCUACAAGCCUCCCCAUGCGAAGGAAUGGCUGUCUGAGUCCUACUCUGCUGGCUUGUUUGAGCCCUGGACAGCUGUGACACUAAGGCAUCUCUGCACUACUUUGGGCCCUGCCCUGACACCACAGUCAUAAGGUUGAGUCUCCCCCAUUGGACAAACUUGAAGUCAACCUUCCGCCCCCUAGGCCCUUCUUUAGGGGGAGUGUUCUCAGUGCCUGUGGUCCACUUCCACACUUUGACUUCCUGCAAAAGGCCUAGGUCUUCAGGAUGAUCUGCAAAGAUGACUAAUGGGCUGCCUGAGGGUGGGUGUCCAGCCAUCCAGGGAGGCAGCAGCCGCUUUGCCAGGGCCCUCAUCCAUCCGUCCAUCAGGGCUUAUCUGAAACUGGAUGUUUGAGGAGUUCUCAUUUAGGUCCUACCUUUUUCCCUUGCCUGCCUGUCCAGAGCUGCCAGAUGGAUGUUAACCUUGCUACUGCACAGUCACUGGAGGGGAAAAUGUGGCCGUAGCCAAGAGAGUUGUGCUUUGACUUCUUUCUUCCAGGCACUGCCUACUCUUGGCUCUCAAUAGCUUACCCCUUGCCAGUUCUCAGAGAACUGACUUUCACCAGCUGGUAUGCAGCUACUUGACAUGAGUUAGUCCGAGUUUGCUUCAUUUAGACCCGUUGAGUCAGAUGCUGCUCCCUGGAAUGGAGAUUCCUGAAGUCGGCAGAGUUCCUCGUGAACAUCUGAGGGCAGAUAUUCAUCUUGGCCCAGAAUGCAGCCUGAUGUUUACAAGCUAAAUUCACCUUCCAUUAUUGUGCCUGUCAUGGCCAGCCUAGACUUCUCUGUGGCCCAGGGCAGUGGCAUGUACAACGUCAAAGGAGUUUCAGCUAGGGAACAUAGGCUUUGGCUGGCAGAGAGCAGAGCUAAUUAAUUUUCUUCCUUCAGGAAAGAAAGGAUGUAUUGGAAUCAGGGACUAGAUGUUGCAGAGACAUGACCUGGCAGCUCAGGUUCGGGGUGAGGCUAAAUACCAUUCUUGUGGCUGAGCCAGAAGCCAGCUUUAGCCCUGGCUGGUUCUCACAGUGAAGAACCAGAGACGCUAGUUGGACCCCAGAUAUCUGUGGCCUGAGUCCCUUCAGGCUUUUGAGAGUCUAUGAGUGUGCCUAAACGUUGAACUUGGGGAACGAGCAACUUGGGCCUGCUGACUAGCUGUCAGAACCAGUUCAACUUCAGCUAAUCAAAACCAGAUCAGACAUCUUCCUUAUGGAACUUACCCAGACAGCUUUAAGCUGCUGCUAAUCUUUUCCUUGGGCCAUUCUUUUUAGUUCCUCCUCCUAAGAUCCUCUCUGUUGUCUGUCCCUCCUUUUUCCUGACUUCAUCCCCAUUUUAGACCUUCUUCCUGCCUUCUCAUGUUUCCUCCCACAUUCUUGCCUUCUUUCCUCUUUUUCCCAUUUUUUUCCUUUCAUUUGGUUUUUCCAGCCAGUGUCCUGCAAUGUCCUCACAUCCGGUGUCCUCAUGACACUUAGAGCCCUGGGAGGGGAGGGGGCGUGGGGGGAUGCUAAAGACAGACCAGGUUUAUGCCAAAGGGGCUCAGUCACUGUUUCUUUGCUUCUCACCCCCUUCUCUCAUUGACUUGAGCUCUAAAAUUGAGUUGCAAUAGCUCCCCUCUUAUAGGGACCAGAACUGGCUUAUCUUUGCCAAACGUGCAAACAUCACUGGGCAAGACGCCUUAAUAUCUUUUCUUUCCAAUCAUAUUAUUCCUCUACCUUCCCCCUGUGUGACAGGACUGUAAUUUUCCCAGCCUAUGAGUUCUUAGAGUUCUUUUCAAGGAAUCCAUCUUGGCAGGCAGGUUAUGAUAUCUUUUGGAAAUCCAGCUUCUGGCAUCAACUAAUUUUCCUUGUGCCCAAGGGAAGGCAUCUCUCUGGCAUAACUGUAAGUACACGGACCCAUCCAAGACAAAGUUAAACUUUUCCCCAAACUGUGGGGCCGUGAAUGGCUCUUUCAUUGUUUGAAACCUCUUACGUUUCAGAUGUGAGCCACGUGCAUCUUCAGGCCACCUGGGGAUCCCAUGUCUUUAUGUAGGUUUGUUAAGGAGGUUAGUCAGACCCUGAGGAAGCUAUCCAGCAAUGAGUCCCUGCGCCCACUUGUCAGAAGCUUCUGUUAGUGCUGACCUGUGUGAUAUCGCCUUAGCCACACUGCGGUGUUUGGAAAAGAUGAUGCUUGGGGGGGAUGCCAGUCCCAUAAACUUCUCACCCUCUCUAGCCUCUACCUGGCUGUGGAGCCAUGCUCCACUCUAGGCUUUUUCCUCCUCCCACUUCAUAAAAGAGAGUCUUGAAAUAUUACUGAUCCAUUUUUUUUGUCUGUGUUUGGAGUAGGAGAGAAUGAUCAGGCCCCUUCCCUAUUCUUUAGUCUGGUUUUAGCUUCUUUCUUACAGAAGGAGAAGUUGCUCCCAGUAGCCUAUACUACAAAUAUAUGUUUGCUUCCGAACCAUUAUCUGUACUUGUUACCUCAAAUUCUUAUGUUUACCUAUCUCAGCAAGGUAGGAGUAGCAGCUUGGAGAUGCUUCAGCUGAUGAUGGAUGGUGCACAAGGGUUUCCUGGUCAUUGAUCUCAGUGAAGAGGAGUAAGGCCCUACUGAGGAAAGGUGGCCAUGUACCCAGAGAAGAAUUCAGCAACAGAGCUAGUCACAGCCCUGGUCCAGGUUAGCCCAAUGGGCAGUGCAGCAGAAAACUAUAAGUCACGCCUAACUCAAAAAAAGACCGCUGUCCAGUUCUGCAGUGCAUCCUAGGGAUCCAGGGUCAGUUGCAUCUCUGGUGGCGCUGCAGUCAGAAAUGGCCUCAGUUUAGCUCUUGCCCAUGAUUUUUAUGUAUGCCAAUCAUACUGAGAGAGUAUGUCCUGUAUCAGGAUCUGACAUAUCAGCCAGGAAUUGCUCAAAGGAACCAAGAAGCUCUUUUUCUUCAGUGUCAAGUCAGAAGCCAUAGAAGUACCAGCACCUGUCUCUUGGUGAUAGGCUCUUCCCUUGGCUAUGACAAGCUCCCCCUCUCGGAGAACAGGCAUUGUCGCUCACAGAUGUGGGUCAGCAAAGCAAGUAGUCCCGAGGAUGAAUUGCAAAGGAGGGGGAAAAAAAUCAUGAACGUAGGAAGUAUCUCUGAAAAUGUUAGAAAUCACAGAUAUAGUAUGUACUUAAUUACACUAAAUUAUUGUUGGAAUUCCUUGUAAGUACUAAUUAUACCUGAUUAUAGGUUAAAAUAUUUAUUUUGUCAAAAUAUUUUCUUUGAGCUGUGUUUAACCUUUUCCAUGCUCAUUGUGUACUGAGAUGUAAAAAUUAAUCAUUCGCCUAACUUCGGGGGGGAUGCUGGUAGAAAAGGGCAUAUCGUGAGGUUUUGCAUGAAGCAUCUGUGCAUCUUUGGCCAGCACUCAAGAGCAGUGCCCUGUAUGAGGUAUGUGAGGAUAUUUAACCAACCAACUGGCUCAGGGAAGUGAGAGAAAGUAGGAGUGGUGCCUUUGCGAAGAGGCACAAAAUAUUUCUUCCAGUGAAGGAAGUAUGCCAUCGUCCUGGGUUGGGGGACCUCCUUGUCCAUCACUCAGCGUCCUCUCUCUUAGCCCAUUCCCCAGACUUGCCAAGUCCCACUGCCACUCACUAGGCGAGUUAGGUCUCUCUGAAGGCCCACCGUUAAAACCUAGGGAUCAAAGUGGUUGAUUGUUUCCCUCCCACUGGACAAGCCUGAGGUAUUUUCCCCAAUAUGGAAAACCCCACCGCAGUCUCUGGGCCACCCUCACUAUGAUUUAGAGCCUUCUUAAGCGGAGGUGAUCAUUUGCCAAAACACUAGAGUCCAGGUCAUUCUUUUCCUUGUCCCCUUCCCAAUUCUGUAAGUAGGGUUAAGCACCCAAGUCCUGGGCCUCAGGAAGUGGGAAUGGAGGCAUGCCUCUUGGGCAGCCUCUGUCAUUUUGUUCUUCUAGGGAGAGGGAAAACUGGUUCAGCUUGAGUUCUGUGAUAAGCGCUCUAAAUAAAGCAUAGGACAUUAUUUUUCCUGGAAACACUGAUUCAGCCAACAAGUGCUUUUUUCCCUCCUCCUCUCCCCUCCCCCAAGAGCAUUCAGGUAACCCUUUGACUGCUGAAGAAAAUCCUUGGGCCAAUAAUAGGUGAUUCAGUAAGGACCGUAUCAAACCCAGGGCCUUCCUCCAAGAACCUGUCCUUGGGAUGCCUGGCUUCUCUUGCACUUCGAUUAGUACCAUGCCUACUUUUAUUCAUAGUAACUCCCUCUCCGGUGUGGGUGGUAUUGACCUAGAUGACCCUUUCCCCCACCAUCACACUCCUGCCAUGUUUAAGGGGAUGUGUUUUCACCUCCCCAUCUACACAAAGCAAUAGCAAAUAUUUUCUUCUUCAUAUGUGUUCUCCAUAAAACUUCAUUCUGAUCUCACCUGGUUCAUUGCAGCACCCCCCUCUCCACCCCCCCCCCAAAAUUCCUUAUUCUUUUUGUAUUUUCUGAUUACAGCCUGGGCCUCAUGAGUUCCUCCUCCUCCUCCUCCUCCUCUUCCUUCCCCUCCUUCCUCCCUUCCUUGGCCCUUCAGUCUUAGGAGCAACAACUCUCUUCUUAUCUGUCAAAGUACACUGAGCUGUUGUUAACAACACUACUUCUCAUGUAACCCCAUAUAAUAGCGGGUUUUCUCUGUAUAUUAAAACUGUAGGCUUUCCAGAUGAAUAUUGGGGGGAGGGCUCAGAAUAUUUAUUUCCUGAAGCUAGUGGGUAAUUUGGGAGGGUUUAAGGGAUGGGGGUUUGACAUGGGGAAUAUAUCUGUUCAAAAGAAGAAUGGGUCAAGUUCACUGUCAGAUUGCACAACACAGCCAGUUUUCACGUUGCUGCUGUGUGUUCCCAUAAAUAGAUGAUGUUGGGUGUAACUUGUGUAUGGCUAAUGGUGAUACCAUUGUAUUAAAAUGCUACCAUUUGAUCUCAUUCCAGCUACCAUCUCCUGAGUUUGGGUUUUUGCAUGUGAAAUAUUCCAAUAAAAACAACAACCAAA